GGCCUUCUCCACAGGGAGGUACAGCGCGCCUGCGCGCGGGCCUUGCUGGGUUGCCUGUCUGCCUGCAGACUGCUGUCCUCAGCGUGCUGCCCCUGUGUGCGUUCGUGACUGACUGAUACAGCCCGGGUGGGGGCGAGGAGAGACUCCGCCCGCGGACAUGGGUCCUAAAUCACUGCUGUGGCGGCGGCGGCGGUGGCGGCUGAGUGCCUGAGGGGGAGCCCCGGCCGGGGGAGGGGAGAGAGGCAGGGGCGCUGCGGUGUGCGGUGUUGACGGUGUUUUUAACCCUUAGAUGGUCUCCAGCGAGCCGCUGCUGCUGCCUGUGUCACUGGAGGGCGAGUUCUCCAAUAGCAUGAAGGAGAUGAUCGGCGGCUGCUGCGUGUGCUCCGACGAGAGGGGCUGGGCCGAGAACCCGCUGGUUUACUGCGACGGGCACGGCUGCAGUGUCGCAGUGCAUCAAGCUUGCUAUGGAAUUGUUCAAGUACCUACCGGACCUUGGUUCUGCAGGAAGUGUGAAUCUCAGGAAAGAGCAGCCAGAGUGAGAUGUGAAUUAUGCCCUCAUAAGGAUGGUGCUUUAAAGAGAACAGAUAAUGGGGGUUGGGCUCAUGUGGUUUGUGCCCUGUACAUUCCCGAGGUGCAGUUUGCAAAUGUUUCUACAAUGGAACCUAUCGUGUUGCAGUCUGUUCCUCAUGAUCGUUAUAAUAAGACAUGCUAUAUUUGUGAUGAACAAGGCAGAGAAAGCAAAGCAGCAACUGGUGCUUGCAUGACAUGUAACAAACAUGGAUGUCGACAAGCUUUCCAUGUAACAUGUGCACAGUUUGCAGGACUUCUUUGUGAAGAAGAGGGUAAUGGUGCAGAUAAUGUCCAAUACUGUGGCUACUGUAAAUACCAUUUUAGUAAGCUGAAAUAUAAAGAAAAAGACAAACAUAAACAAAAAUACAAGAAGCAAUCUGAGUCUUCACCAUCUUUGGUUCCGUCUCUUACUGUAACUACAGAGAAAACUUACACAAGCACUAGCAACAAUUCUAUGCCAGGCUCCUUGAAACGGUUGGAAGAUACCACAGCUCGAUUUACAAAUGCAAAUUUCCAGGAAGUUUCUGCACAUACUUCAAGUGGAAAAGAUUCUUCAGAGGCUAGAGGGUCAGAGAGCAAAGGGAAGAAAUCUGCAGGUCACAACUCAGGUCAGAGGGGAAGAAAGCCUGGUGGUGGAAGGAAUCCAGGAACAACCGUGUCAGCUGCUAGUCCUUUUCAGCCAGGCAGUUUUUUGGGGACUCCUGGCAGUGUAAAAUCAUCUUCUGGAAGUUCAGUUCAAUCUCCCCAGGAUUUUUUGAGUUUUACUGAAUCAGAUCUGCGUAAUGACAGUUACACUCAUGCCCAACAGACUUUGUCAACCAAAGAUGUACAUAAAGGAGAGAUGGGAAACCAGGAAGGGAGUGUGAAUUGUUUUAGUUCCUUAAUUGUUCUCCCUUCAACCUCAGCCAUUGUUUCCCAGUCUAAAAACUUUGACAGCUCACCUGGAGACUUAGGUAAUACAAUCCUUACUUCAACAGGAUACAAGCGAGUCCAAACUUCUGGGAUAGAAGAAGAGACUGUAACAGAAAAGAAACGGAAAGGAAAUAAACAAAAUAAACAUGGGCCUGGUAGGCCCAAAGGGAAUAAAAGUCAGGAGACUAUUUCCCACCUAUCAAUUUCUUCUGCUUCUCCAACGUCAUCUGUGGCAUCUGCUGCAGGAAGUGCAACAAGCUCUAGUCUUCAAAAGUCCCCAACAUUGCUCAGGAAUGGAAGUUUACAAAGUCUUAGUGUUGGAUCAUCUCCAGUUGGUUCAGGUAUUUAUAGCAGCAAUGAUGUAGCAGUAUCAUUUCCUAAUGCGGUAUCUGGCUCAGGAUCUAACACUCCCAUUUCCAGUUCUCAUUUACCUCAGCAGGCUUCUGGUCACUUGCAGCAAGUGGGAACUUUGUCACCUUCAGCUACAUCUUCUGUAACUACUGUUGCAACAACUCAGGCAAACACCCUACCUGGAUCUUCCCUCAGUUUGCCUCCAUCCCACAUGUAUGGCAAUAGGCUGAACCCUAAUUCAGCAAUGGCAGCACUUAUAGCUCAGUCUGAAAACAGUCAAGCAGAUCAAGAUCUUGGAGAUAAUACUCACAGCCUUGUUGGCAGGGGAGGUUCACCCAGAGGAAGUCUCUCACCACGAUCUCCUGUAAGCAGCUUACAGAUUCGCUAUGAUCAGUCAGUGAACAGCAGUGUGGAAAAUUUGCCCCCGGUAGCUGCCAGCAUUGAACAGCUUUUGGAGAGGCAGUGGAGUGAAGGCCAGCAAUUUUUGCUAGAACAGGGCACCCCUAGUGACAUUCUGGGAAUGCUGAAGUCAUUACACCAACUUCAAGUUGAAAAUCGACGGUUAGAGGAACAGAUUAAGAACCUGACCGCUAAAAAGGAGCGCCUCCAGCUAUUAAAUGCACAGCUUUCAGUUCCCUUUCCAACAAUAACUUCAAACCCUAGCCCAUCUCAUCAAGUACAUGCAUUUCCAGCACAAGCUGCACCUAGCACUGAUUCCUUGAACAGAAGUAAAAGCCCUCAUCUGGGAAACAGUUUUUUACCUGACAAUUCUCUCCCUGUAUUAAACCAGGAGAUAACCUCCAGUGGACAGAGUACCAGCAGUUCAUCAGUUCUUUCCACUCCACCACCUGCUGGGCAGAGUCCUGCUCAGCCAGGCUCAGGAGUUCAACAGGUCAAUGGUGUGACAGUGGGGGCACUAGCUAGUGGUAUGCAGACUGUAACAUCCACCAUUCCUGCAGUGCCUGGUGUGGGUGGAAUAAUUGGAGCAUUGCCAGGUAACCAGCUGGCAAUCAAUGGAAUUGUAGGGGCUUUAAAUGGGGUGAUUCAGACCCCUGCCACAAUAUCCCAGAAUCCUUCUCUCACUCAUGCAGCUGUGCCACCUAAUGUAUCACAUCCUCUGCCAACAACACUAAAUAACAGUGCCUCGGGACUAGGAUUACUUCCUGACCAACAGAGACAACUUCUGCUCCAUCAACAGCACCAGCAAUUUCAGCAGUUACUGAGUACUCAACAACUCACAUCAGAACAACAUCAGGCCCUUCUGUAUCAGCUAGUGCAGCAACAGCACCAUCAACACCAACACCACCAGCCUGAAGUGCAGCAAUUGCAGAUCCCAGGAGUAGCACAGAUACCCAUAAAUAACCUGCUUUCAGGCAAUCAAGCAUCACCCCUUCAUACAACUACCAACCCAUUUCUUACAAUUCAUGGGGAUAAUGCAACUCAAAAAGUGACAAGGCUUAAUGAUAAAACUGGAUCGGUUGCACCUGAAAAAAGUUGACAUUUGAAUAAUAUUUGAGAACUGCAUGUCCUGCUAUUAUAGCACUUCAUCUAGCUGCGAAUCUUCCUUUCUGCAGAUAUGAAGAAAUGCAACAAGGACCUAACUGCACAGCAAAGGAUUAAUCUUCAUAAGGACAUUCUUUUAAGGCUCUGAUCUACUUUCUUGUUGCACUGAAAUGGAACUACUUCUUCAGAUUUAACAGACACUGCAAAAAAUCAAAUUCUGCAAACCAUAAUUAUUUUGUCAGUAUGACAAUACUAAGUACAACUACACAUUCAACCCUGGAAAAUAUCCUACUUGAUGCUCAAGUAGUAGUUCUUAUUAUACAGCUGGAGGGCUAGUAAACUGAAAAUACGUAUUCCAGUCACACAUUACUUUAUUUCAGAACAGGAGUCUUAGCAAACAAAUCAACCUUAUCUAUGCUGCAAUUGCAAAUGCUUUCAGACCCAGCUUGUAAUUGGCAGUGUGGAUUUCCUGUUAGGUGUUUUUGGCUUUGUAAAACAUUUUGAAAUCUGACUCAUGAUAUAAAGAAUCCAAUUCUGAACUUGUCACUCCAUCAAAUUUCUAUUGACUAUAGAGUGAAUUUUGCCAGAAUAAGAAUUUCAGGGUAGAGUCCAAAGGUUAACAACAUUCAUUUGGGUUUUGUGAGUUCUAAGGUUGCUGGACAAACCAAAUCAGUUUAAAUGGAAUUUUUUUUUUUUAACCAGAUGAGAAGGCCACUUUGGAAAGUACUGGUAGUGUUUGGCCUAAACUAAGUGCCUGUUGCUACCUCCAUUGUGUUGAAAUGGCUGCAGACAGCUGAGCAUGCACUAGACAAGUCCUUGUAAGCAGCAGAAAUAUUCAACAUUGCACCAGCAGCCUUCCCCAUUGUUCUGCCUUUAUUAGAAGUGUUUAAGCCACUGUAGAUAGCUCAGGCAAAUUGUUACCUGGGUCACUUUUCACUAAUAAAUUACCAAAAAAGUGAGUAGAUAUUUAAACAUAUACCAGUGGUUGAAAUGGGUGAGCUUAUUGUUAGAACAUUUUCACUUAGGAUAGAUGAUUUCAUGGCAUGACCCUAUGCAGUGUGGUAGAGUGUAGAUAAAAAUUGGGAUUAAUGACCACUAAUCUGUAUUUAGAUGUGUAAAUUAUUAGUGGAAAAUGAUCCAGCUGUAAUUAGACCUCCACUGUGUACUUAAUUGGAAGAACAUGUUAAUUCUGCAAUAUGUCUCUUGGUUAGACAUUGCACAGUUCUUACCUCAUUUCUGUAAAUAAGGUUUUUGUGAAUCUGUUUUGUAUUGUGAGAAAUUCAUAAGAAAACAUUGAUAUUUUGAUUUGUAAUAUUUCUAAUUGGUAGAUUUAAUCAAAUAAUUUAUUUUUAUACGUUCAGGGGGAUUUUAAAAAAUUGUCACAAAUCACUUUUGUGGAUACUUUACAAAAGUAAAUCAGUGUGGUUUAUUUUACUUAUUUAACCUACUGGUUAAUAUUCUGUAACAAUUUGUACAAAUGAUAAAAUUAAAAUGUGCUGUUAUUUUGCUUAGAUGUAAAAUUCCAAGAGUAUGAAAAGAUAUGUACAGAGCUUUUGUUAAUAAAUUUUAAUAAUGUUCAUAGUGGUACACUUCACAGCUGUGAGAGAGAUUCUUGUAGAAGUUGGAGGAUAUUCUGUCCUUCCAGUUCUAUUAAUAAUCUAUGACUGGCUGGAUUUUAGUACUUGUUGCUACUGUAAUAAUCAGAUAUCAAAUUAUACUAAAGUUAUUAUUUACAACAACUA